CAAGAUGAUAACGGAUGACCAACCAUUUGAGUUUGCACCCCAAACAGAUGAAUAUACACAACUCUUGACCGAGUUGCAUAACGAAUACUGUUCAGAGCAACCUUCGGAUGUGCUUCAGUUCUGUUCCAACUUCUUCAUCCGCAAGUUAGAAGAACAACGUUAUGUUCAUCGCAAUGCACAACGCCAUGAUAUGUUUCAAACCAAUAAUGCCAAUGAUUUACAUCCUUUAUGCGAUACUUCAGUACCUCAACCUCCUGACUUUUCAGAACCAAACGGAUUCUCAUGGGACACACACAUGAGUAACCAAGAUGAUAAUGAUGAUGACGAGUUUGAUGAAGAUGAUGAAGCAUUUGAUAACUUUUCAACCGAGCCUUUGCCUUCUUUGCCGCCUACCAAUUAUAAUCGUGGUCGUCGUACCUCUGUCAGUGCUGAGUCUAUGGCACCCAGUACCAACCAAGAAUUCAAAAAAGUCAUUAUUCCCAAGACACCUUCUCAAGCAGAACGUAUCAAGGUCAGUAUCGGUAACAACUUCUUGUUUCGAAACCUAGACGAAGAGCAUUAUCUGGAUGUCGUCAAUGCCAUGUCUGAAAAACGCGUCACCAACGACACGACUGUAAUUGAACAAGGUGGUGUGGGUGAUUUCUUUUAUGUGGUUGAGUCUGGUACACUUGAUUGUUUUAUUGGCGAUAACAAGGUGACAAACUAUGAAGCUGGAGGUAGUUUUGGUGAAUUGGCCUUGAUGUAUAAUGCACCUCGUGCAGCUACCAUUGUAGCUACAUCAGAUUGUGUCCUUUGGGCUCUAGACCGUAUUACAUUCCGUACGAUCUUGAUGGAGAACACGUCUCGAAAGCGACGCAUGUAUGAAUGCUUCUUGUCCGAAGUGAUCUUGCUCAAAUCACUUGAGUCUUAUGAAAAGCACAAGAUUGCAGAUGCAUUAGAAUCUGUCUAUUUUGAAGAUGGACAGGAAGUUGUGAAGCAAGGUGAUGUGGGUGACCAGUUCUAUAUCAUUGAGUCUGGAGAAGCUGUUGUAUUAAAGACAGACAGUGGUGUUCAACAACAAGUGAAUCGACUUGAAAGAGGCUCUUACUUUGGAGAAUUGGCCUUGUUGAAUGAUGCACCUAGAGCUGCUACAGUAGUGGCACAUGGUAGACUUAAAUGUGCUACACUUGGUAAAAAGGCCUUUACCCGUCUACUUGGUCCUGUAUUGGAUAUCCUUAAGCGUAACUCUGAAAACUAUCAUGCUAUCAUCAGCCAACAAUCAGCAUAAUCCCUCUCCUCACCCACCCUCCCACCUCUUCCCUAUAGAAUUUACAGUGUGUACAAUAAAAAGAAAGAUUUAUUAACAAUAGU